AGUAGUUCCCACGCCAUAUUGUUUACAAAAUGGCUGACAUCAAAACUUGCACAUUGGACUACUUCCCUGAAAAUAUUCUAAUUGAUAUUUUAUCCUAUUUAAAUAUCAAAGAGCUCGUGCGCGCUGGCAGGGUAUGUAAGAGAUGGAGACGUUUAGUGAAAGACCAAAGACUGUGGCGUAAUGUUGAUCUCACCACCUGGAAAGGGAUCACCUUGCACUUGCUGUGGGUUCUACUUCGCCAAUACCUGGGCUGUGGCCUGCGCUGCUUGCGUCUACGAGGCCUGCUGCUGUCUGCGAGGGCAGGGAAGUUGCUGUCCGAGUCCUGGCUGCAGUCCCUUGCCAAUAAAUGCCCUCGACUGCGCAGACUGUCCAUGUUCCAUGCGGACCUCAGGGGCUUGCGGAGCUGUUCCCUACUGCCCCGGACUUUACAGGUGCUGGAGCUGCACGGAUGUGAGCUGCCCCCUGGCUUCUUCUCCCAGUCUGCCCCAGAUGAUGGCCAAGAGGGGGAGGCAGCCCCGGCUGCCAGCCUCCAGGUUGCUGAGGGAGCUGACAGCAAGUCAGGCAAAGGGCAGGCCUCUGUUGGGCCAAGCAUCACCAUUGAGACUCUCGUCCUGGACAAUGUCCCGUCUUUUACUGACCAGCAUCUUCAGAGCCUGAGCUCGUGGGAGAAACUGACUCGACUAGAGCUGCGCGACGUCAUCCGCGUCACGGCGGCAGGCGUGCGAAACUGCGCCCCCAAAGAGUUGGUCCUCAAGCACCCCACAGGCGGCCUAUCUCGCCUACGACGCCUGGAGAUGGGCAACUUUGGCCGACCGGGCUACCAGUUGCAGAUGGCGUCCCUGGGUCUGGGGGUGGGCUGGCCGGGCCUGGAGGAGGUCAGUCUGGGGGGGCGAGAGGUGGGGCCUGGUCUGCUCUGCCUGAGGCGCCUGCGUGACCUGCACUGGCUGCAGCUGCGCAGCUGCCGCCUCAGUGAGAUGCAGGUCCUCCGCAGCUGCCGCAUCCUCCGCGGCCUGAGGCGGCUGGAGUUCUGUGAGGUGGACUUCCAGGUUCAUCAGCGGCAGCCAGAGGAGGACGGUGGUGAGGGUGGUGGUAAUGGAGGGGGUGGCGAGUGGGCAGGGGAGGGGGUGGAGGGAGACGCGGAGGUCAGAGCCGCGCCAGAGCAGCAGGAGCAGGCUGCUGAAGGUCAGGUUGGGGAGAGGGGGCAGGAAGGGGAGGGACAAGAGCCUGACAAGGAACCAGAAGGCCAGUAUGAUGAGACGGACCCAGUGCCUGCCAUACGACGAGCCCUGGCCAAGCUUCUCCCUCAAUGCACGCUUGUGUUCACAGGUUGCAAGGUGACAAUACGAUAUGACUAGCCAAGACUUUUUGUUUUUCUUGGGGAAGGACUCUUUAGUGUGAUUACCGUACAUGAAUCUCAUUUACAUCAUUUGUCAUCUCAUUUUGUCAAGACUAAAGGGCCACACAUCUCUGUAUGAAGGACAGGGUUUUGAGCACCUGAUGCUAUACUAGCAAAUAAAGUUUUUUUCUGAAACAUGAACUGACAUUUCACUCGGUCAUCAUUGACAAUGUGUCGACAACUGCUUCCUGUGUUUGUUUUAUUUUCACAGUUCUACUUUUGGCCUCAUUUUAUGCAUUCUCUCUUGUUUUACUGUAUUACUGUACGGUGUUUAUUAUGGUACAAGUCCAUAAUAUAUCUAAACACUGGUGAGAACAAAGACAGUGCUUGAUUAUUUUUUGCAAAUUUGAUCACAGGAAUUGUGAGGAGUAAAAUAGAUGGCUGUGCCCAAUCGUGUAAAAUCUAAGGAUGAAUUUAAUGAUUGUGUUUGAGACCUGCCCUCUUUCUUUAGUUUUAGAGUUUCAAAUAUUAUUUCUGUUUGGUUAUAUUUUCAACUCACACAGGUCACAUGGUAGGCUACCUGUGGUUCCUGCACUACUGAAGCGAUACAGAACUCAUGUUUAAUAAUUUGUUCCCCAGUUCCCCAUGGUCUCCAUUUACAGUUGUGCUCAGCUGAGCCUUUACUUUUCACAGCGCUG